AGCAAACAUGUCCGCGGUCAUUUGAAAACUUACCGCAGUCUCUUUUGGGCACCGGGUGUGUUUUUGUUUAUGCUCCUGACAACUUCACUGACGCAUUAAGUAGUUGAGGACUCCGCGACAAGAGCCAGAAUAUUCGUUAUUAUCAGAAAUAAUGCUGAUAUCUGGGACUCAUGUCGGAAGUCGUGUAUGAAGAGACAGCCACGAUGAUUGCCGCUGGGGAAUUGCAGUCGUUUGUCCCAUUUGGCCGUGAUCACUGCAGGAAACAUCCCAAUGCCUUCAACCUGCAGCUGCGGGAGCUCCAGCCCGCCUCCGAGUUGUGGUCUUCGGACUGCGCUGCCGGCCUGGUGGGCUCCCUGCAGGAAGUCAGCCUACAGGAGAAAGAGAAGGAAAGCUGGCAGCUCAGGAAGGGCAGUGUAGACGCCCUGGAGCAGGAUGUGGAGUUUGAAGAGGAGCUUUAUGCCGCGGGAAAUGUGGUCGUGUGGAGCCAGGGCAGCGGGACGCAAAGCUCUAAUGUUUACAAGGCUUUCACUGUUGACAGCCCAGUGGAGCAGGCUUUAUGGUGCGACUUUGCUGUUCCCCAGAACAAGAAUGAAAAAGAAAAGGUGGAGCACACAGUGUGCAUCGUGCAGAAUGGCUGUGUCAACAUUCACAGUGUCACUGGGAAGGAUUUCCUUUCGCCUCUGCCAUUCCAGGUGUCAAAAGUGUGGCCAACCAAGUUUGGGCUCAUGCUGGAGCGUAAAAUCACAGCAGCCGACGGACAACACGGCGAAUCUCUUCCCACAGUGUUCAGCAUGCUGCAUCCGAUAGAUGAGGUGGCGCCAGUUGUUUGCAAACCAACAGGCUCGUCUGAAGGCUCUCGUGUGGAGUACAUGUCUGACUCCAUGAUGAAGAUCGUCUUCACUUGCUGCCAGCCUUCAAUAGUCGUCUCCUAUGACACCGUGCAGGGAACACACUCGGUGUGGAGUCUGCGUAAAGUCACGCAUGAGGAGCGCUCCACGGUGCUUCGGUGUCCUGCGGAGCCUUUCAGUGGACCUUUGGGCUUCCUGGCCACAGACUUCCUGAUGUCACACCUGCGGAACUAUUCCCGCCUGGACUCGCCGGGUGGCAGCAAGCCAGCCAGGUUGAAUCCGGCCGCUGCCCCGAGUGGUGCUGUUGCUGCCAGCUCUCCUUUGCACUACAGCACUCUGCACAAGCACCAGAGCAGAAUCCUCAUGUCCUCACCAGGAAUACACUCCCGUAUUCAUUCCCCAGGCAUAUCCAACAUGGCUGCCCUCAGUCGCGCUCACUCUCCGGGCAUGGCGGCCCCGUCCUUAUCGGGCGUCUCUCGUUUCAACACGACUCUCCACAGCUCGUCGCCCCGGGGCGACCACGCCAUGGACUCUCCCAACAGCACCCUCAACGAGACAGCGCUGGUUCCAGAGCUGCAGCCCAUCAUACCCGACCUCUGCAUGGAGCAGCUGUGGAGCGAGACGGCCGCGGCGCCUGCCACCUGUCACAGCCUGGACAGAGAGAUGAGUAGCCAGGCAUCCAAGGUUUUCCUAACCUCCGACCUCUGUGAGAACCGCUACCUCUGUUUCCUGGUGGAAUCGCACCAACAACUCAGGUGUGUGAGGCUUGUGGAGAGCAACGAUAAGUCUCAGUUUAUCUUCGCCUCGGUCACUUGUAUUGCUGCCAAAGAUGCUGAGCCUCUGCAGAACAUCGACACCAUGCUGGUUUUGGAGGCCUGUGGCAGCCUGGUUCUCUACACCGGCAUCACCCGAGUAAGCAAGGUGUUUGUUCCCAGCCUCCUGUCGUCCACUUUUAGUCUGACCAACAAUCGGCCCAGCACCUACAUGCCUCUGGAGCAUGUUAGCACGCCAGCUAAUGCCGGCAGCCGGCACCUGCAGAGACUGGAUGAGUCUGUGAUGCCCUCUCCAGUGUCAGAGCUCAGGGGUCCAAACAUGAAACACCACGAAGGGUCUUUUUUGGACGAUUACACCUUCCAGCAGGCUACGCCCUACAUCCAUGCCUUGCGGGACCCCGUCUGCAACCGUGUGACUCUGGAGCUAAGCAAUGACACCAUGCUGAGAAUCUCCAUCCCUGACAUUGCUACCUCAGAACUAGUGAGGAAAUGUCUUCAGGCGAUCCGUUUCAUCCUGCCCAAAGAAGCUGCCAUGAAGGUUUUGGUCAAAUGGUACACCAUCUUCAACGCUCCUGGAGGCAUCAGCGCCCAUGCCGAGUGGAACCUGUUUGUCACGUGCUUCCUGUCAUUGAUGGGCUACAACACGGAGCGCCUCACCUGGACGCGAAAUCUGCAAUUUGAAGUGCCGCUAUCGCCGGUGAUUGCCGCCAAGAAAGCUCGUCCCUGCGAUGAAGGCUCUGAUGAGGACUGGGAAUACUUGCUGGGAUCUCAAUAUCACAACCAGAUGAAGUCAUUCUUUGAUUGUGGACCGGCAGACUCCUCUGGUGUCAAAGCGACCCCCGCUGCCGACACAGAGGGCACGCCCUUAUCGUCGGCUCCAUUCAGUGCCUCUCCUACCUUGGACAAUUCGGCGCCUCUCUUUGCACACAUCCCUGCCCUCUUCAGUGUUCUCCACCUGCUUUAUCAGGAGCUGCUGCUCAACGAGCUCCAUCGAGAGAGGGCCUCGUCUCUGGUGUGCCUUCUGCAGCAGCUUGCCAGAGACCUGCAGUUGGAGGAGUAUGUGGAUCUCUACUGGCGAGACUACCCCUCAUUAGUGAGUGGAUUCACAGAGAGCUGUUUCAUAGACCAGUCUCUGAUUGGUCAUAUGCAGCAUCCAACUUUCCUGCGGGUGGAGCCUCCCUGUGUUUUCAGCUGGCUCAGUAGCUGCCUUCGAGGGGAGCAGGUCCCACCUUUCCCCUACCUGCCCGGCAUCUGUCACAGGAUUCGACUGCUGGUUUUGAGUUAUGCACUCUACGUCGGUGGCGACGACAACGCCACUUCGUCCAAUGUGUCGAAGUACCUAUUGAGGCUCUCCGCAGGCCAGAAGUCAUGUGCCGAUGAGCAGCAAUACAAAAGGCAAAGCAUUGUUAAUCAAGGCAAGUUCUGCAGUGACAGUCUGGCUGAGCAGCUGGUUGUCUGGCUCACAUCAGAAGGGUUCACCCUAAGGGACUUGGAGUCUGUCCCGUUCGGUGUGGCUCUGCCCAUCAGAGACGCCAUCUACCAUUGCCGAGAGCAGCCGUGUGCAAACUGGUCAGAGGAGGUUUGCCUGCUGAUUGGUCGACAGGACCGCAUCAGACAGGCCCACAAGAUGAGCCUGGCAAAGAACAAAGCUUCUUUAGGUUCAAGUUGGUCCUUAGAGCCUCCUGCGACCACAGAGACCGAGGAGGAGGAGGACGGAAUGUCGGACAUCAUUCAGGAGGUCACAGGACUGAUCUGGAGUCAAGAUCUGAGGGUCCAAGAAGUAAGGAGGCUCCUGCAGAGCUCAAGGCCAGUCCGGGUCAGCGUUGUCCAGCUGCCAGAAGUUUCCGACCAUGAAUACAUAGAAGAGAAAGAGAACAAACUCCUACAAUUGUGUCAAAGAACCAUGGGGCUCCCGGUGGGAAGAGGCCUCUUCACUCUGUUCUCCUACCAGCCUGUCCCCACGGAGCUUUUACCUAUCCCGAAACUCAACCUCACAGGUCGUGCACCACCCAGGAACACCACUGUGGACUUGAACAGUGGGAACAUUGACGUUCCUGCCAACAUGACCAGCUGGCCCAGCUUCCAUAAUGGCGUAGCUGCUGGACUCAAAAUCGCCCCAGCUUCACAGGUGGACUCGGCUUGGAUCGUCUACAAUAAGAACAAGAACCAAGAGAUGGCGAACGAGCAUGCUGGCUUUCUCAUGGCGCUGGGCCUUAACGGACACCUCACCAAACUGGCUACGCUCAACAUACACGACUACCUCGCCAAGGGCCAUGAAAUGACCAGUAUCGGCCUCCUGCUGGGUGUGGCUGCAGCCAGGCUCGGCACCAUGGACAUGUCAACCACCCGCCUGCUAAGCAUACACAUCCCCGCUCUUCUUCCCCCUACCUCUACUGAGCUGGACGUCCCACACAACAUUCAGGUUGCAUCUGUAAUAGGUAUCGGGCUUGUGUACCAAGGAACGGGACACCGACACAUUGUUGAAGUUCUCCAAUCCGAGAUAGGUCGGCCUCCAGGUCCAGAGAUGGAGUACUGCACAGACAGAGAGUCCUAUUCCCUGGCUGCAGGGCUAGCGCUGGGCAUGGUCUGCCUCGGGCAAGGCAGCAACCUGAUCGGGAUGAGCGAUCUCAAAGUCCCUGAGCAGUUGUAUCAGUACAUGGUAGGGGGGCACCGCAGGGCCCAGGUCGGGGCCAGCAGGGAGAGACACAAUGCUCCAAGCUACCAGAUCAGGGAGGGUGAUACUAUAAACGUAGAUGUAACGUGUCCCGGGGCCACCCUAGCCCUCGCGAUGAUCUACCUGAAGACCAAUAACCGGUCCAUAGCCGACUGGCUGAAGCCUCCAGACACUUGGUUUCUGCUGGAUUUCAUCAAGCCCGAGUUUCUUCUGCUGAGGACUCUAGCCAGGUGCAUCAUUAUGUGGGAUGACAUCCUACCUAAUACAGAGUGGGUCAAAAGUAAUGUACCUAAGAUCAUAAGGGACACUUUGGACUCUUCACAAGACAUCAACAUGGAGACAAGGACCCAAGCACAGGACUACAUCACAGCGGGAGCUUGCAUGGCGCUGGGAUUGCGCUUUGCCGGCUCCGCCAACUCCGAUGCCUUCGAAUGCCUGCACGAGUUUGCAAAGAGCUUCAUGAAGGCCAUGUCCCUUUCUGGUGCAGCUGCUGUGCAGCCGAGUUACUACGACCUGCAGACCGCCCUGUCCAUGAUCCUGCUGUCCAUGUCCAUGGUGAUGUCCGGCACUGGCAACCUGGAAGUGCUGCAGCUCUGUCGUUCCCUGCACUACCGAACCGGCGGCGAGAUGAACUAUGGCUUCCACAUGGCUCAUCACAUGGCGCUUGGCAUGCUCUUCCUGGGAGGGGGAAGGUACAGCUUAAGCACAUCCAACUCGGCCAUUGCUGCUCUACUGUGUGCCCUUUACCCGCAAUUCCCCUCACACAGCACUGACAACCGCUACCAUCUGCAGGCCCUGAGGCACCUCACUGUGCUGGCGGCUGAGCCCCGCCUGCUGGUGCCUGUGGACGUGGACACCCUCAAGCCCUGCUACGCCCUCUUGGAGGUCACCUACAAGAAGUCCAGGUGGUACGGCGAGACGACGGUGGAGCUAAUGGCUCCCACCAUGCUGCCUGAGCUGCACCUUCUCAAACGGGUCAGAGUAAAGGGUCCUCGCUACUGGGAGCUUUCUAUAGACCUGAACAAAGAGGCGCAGCAUCUCAAGUCAGUCCUCUCCAGGGAUGGGGUGUUGUAUGUGAAACUCAGAGCCGGACAGUUAUCCUACAAGGAUGACCCUCAGGGCUGGAAGAGCUUGCUGGCGUCUGCCGUCAACCAGCGCAAAUCAGGAGUGAGAGCUUUUAAGGUCGAGGACAUCUCCACCUUCACCUCCGAUCCCACCCUGCUCUCCUUUGCAGAGUUCUUCUGCAAGACGUCAGAUGGAAUGAAGCAUCGAGAGGAGACUGUGGCGUUGUUCUCAGCUAUGCUGUACGAAUGUGUAACACAUGAAUGUCCGGAGAUGCUGCCAACGUACAUCGCUAUUGAGCAGGUGGUGGGCGCUCUGUGUCGCGGGGAGCUGCAGCACAGCUUUUCUCUGUGGCAGAUGCGGCUGGUGCUGGACCUGUGGGACGGCAUGGUGCUGAGGCGCCCUGCCAACUGCCGUGUCGGACUGCUCUCGUCAGAGUUCUUACCUGUCAUGAAGAACAAGGUGGAAGUGGUGCUGGACGGCUGGCUCCAAGACAACAGCUCAGCCUGGAGCUUUUACAUGAGGGGCGAGACCCUCUCUGAGAACAUGCGGUGCCCCAUGUUGGCCUGCAUCCUGGUAUACCGCUCCCUCCCUCUCAGGAACACACAUCUGCAAGGCUGCACUUCAUUCGGCGACUUGUUGUUCAGGAGCAGCAAAUUGGGAAUCCCAAUCAGAGACUUACUAAGGCUCGCCCCGGUCCUCCUGGAGGCUGGAAGUGGACUUCAGACGCCGCCAGCACGCUGAACCUCUGAGAACAUACAUUUGGGAAUGAGGCCUGUAUUAUACUGUUUGUUGUUUUUUUAUAUAAUAUGUUAUGAUAUUGUAAAUAUUAGGCGGUAAUUUUGAUGGCCAGGUUGUCCAAUCGGCAAAAGAACUCAAUGCUCUGAAAAUGGAGAUCGUUCAUCUUGAUCAGGGGUGUCCAAAGUGGCCUGCAGCUUGUUUUAUAAUGGCCACAUAUUGUACAGACAAAACAACUCGGCCCGUAUAAGAAGAUUACCAUAAUUUCUGGACUAUAGAGUGCUUUUGCUUGAGCUAAAGCUCUUUAUCACACAGUAGUCCAGCCUUUCGAAACCCGCUGGUGAUAGUAGACAGUUGGCGGUCCAAGUAGUCCAAAAACAACAGAAGCUGAUCUACACUUGAUCAGACUUACUUAAGAUGUGUCAAAGAUUGCUGCAUAAGACUUCAAAACCUGAUAUUAGCUUCCCCUUCACUCAUUCACAUCACUACUUCCUGAAGCUGCACUGUAAGCAUCAUGGGAAAUGUAGUUUUUAAACCAUAAAUUAGCCAGAUCACUGUACAAGCCGCAGGGUUCAAAGCAUGAGAAAAAAGUUGUGGCUUAUACACCAGGAAUUAUGGUACACAUUAAACAAAGAAAAGUGAUAGUUUUCAUACCCUCAAAAAGGUGAGUAGUAAUAAUGAUAAUAAUGAUAAUAAUAAUAAUAAUAAUAAUAAUAAUAAUAAUAAUAAUAAUAAUAAUAAUAUUAUUAUUAUUAUUAUUAUUGAUAUUAUUAUUAUUAUUAUUAUUAUUAUUAUUAUUCAUUUCAAAAUCAAUAAUUGAGUCAAUAUUUUUCUGUAUAUGUAGCCUUCUGUGGAAAAGUUUUGGACCCCCCUGAUCUUGACGUAGCAGGUGUUGCUUCAAAUACGUUAACAGGAGAAUAAAGAAUCUGUAGGUUUCACCAUGAAAUGUGCUUUAUUCUCAUAUUUGCUGGUCAGUUUCAGGGAAAGGAGGAUGCAGAUGCUCAGCUGUUUACUUUCACAGGGAUGUUUUGUUGCCAUGACGGUCAUUCAGCGUGAGUCAGGCAUCAAAACGGGCUGUGACUUCAUUCCGGGUGUUUCCCCACAUGACGCGGGACUCGUAGUCUUUACGCGUCCUCAAAUUACUGACUCAAGUACCUUUGACUAAAAUGACCUGCCUUUCUAUUUCUUUUACUGCAAAACAUUUGCACGUUUGUUGCGUAAUGCCGCUGGAACCAGUGGUUGCAUUCGAAACACCCUUCAGGGUUCAUGCAUGUGGUAAAAAUUAGCUUUUGAGGGCUUACACUUGCUGGAAAACAAAGUUUGCACACGACACAUUCAAUAAGCUUAUGUCAAUAUUCAUGUGCAUUCACUUGCUGAACUCCCUCUAGGCUGCACAUAGGUUAUGUAAUAUAAAUGUUACAAAUCACAUACUACCAGUUACUGUCAUUUAUAUUCCAAGAUAUGACAUUUAUGAAUACAAUGAUGGUCAGAACAAAUUUGAAAUAAUAAUCCUAAUAAUUAUCUCAAUUUCCAUAACAUUUUUUCCCUAAAUACCUAUUUUGUUUUAUGGCCACAGAUGAAAAUAAAAUGAAAAAUAACAUAAAAUAAAACAGACAAAUAAAAUACAAAAGUACAAUACCUAAGAAAAAUAAAAUUGUCGUACAAUUAAAAAAGAAACAAAUAAAUUGCUGAAAAAAAAAAAAAUAAAACAAGCCGAAUUCAAGUAUUUAUAAAUGAAAUGAAAAAGUAAAAUGCUUAAAAAAAAUAAGAUUUCACUUUCAGGCCUCUUCCAAUCAUUGAUGCUGUAUUAUAUAUUGUUUAAUAUGUAGGCUGCCCAAACAGGGUAUAAACAGUAACAAAAAAGCCAGACAUUGGCGUAAAAAACACUGUAUUUAAACAGAAAUACAAGCCAUGCCACAGUGGAACAUUGCAUGCCUACUGAGGUAGUGAAAUAACGUACUCGCUUUGUAGUCUGGUCCGGUCAUAAUAUUACCAGCGUUGUAUGUGUAAUUGUGCCACUUUUGUAACAAUAAUAAAAGAAAAGCCGUAUUUGCGCAUGGGCCCGUGGUGGAGGAGGUUUGUACACGAAGAUGAUGAAGUUUGAUGCAUCCCACAAGCCUUUUAUGUAGAGUAGACCUUUCUUUAGUCUGAAGAUUAAACAUUUCUUGAAAAGAAACAAACUAUAACUUGGAUGUGUCAUCUUGAAAGGGGGGUGUACACUCCACCACUGGUGACACUUCAAAGCCCCAGAGAAGCGUUUGGAACUUCCUUCACUGAGUACGGCGGCGCGCGCUUGUUUUUUUAGAAGCCAGAGUUGCCGGCAGCUGUGAGAACAUUCCUCUGCAAAUGAGAAACAUGCAAACAAACAAGCAGGCGGCCCACACCCUCCUCGGUAAGCUGCAAGUCAGACUUCUACUGCACUCCAUUAAUACUGGUCCGUGCAAUGUAGUAUGCGCUAUCUCAGUGACAAGAUAGUGAGACCUCAACGGCUUGCUGAGCAUUGAGCUGACUGAUAGUGUGUGACAUGUGUGGUUUCCUGGAAGCGCAAGUUAUUUUAUCUGCUCUCCAUAGGGGGCCCUAGCCUACAUUUCUGUUUUUAAUUUACCCCUGCUUUCAUUUGUAUGCCACUCCUAUAUCUCGUGAAAGAUUUUAAACAAGCCAGACACGACAAGAGUGAACGCGUCUUUAAACGUUAAUGAGUUUCCAGCCUGUGAUCAAAGUCCUGCACUUUUUAGUGAAGUAUUUCAAGAAUGGGCGUCCAAUGUCAGUGUACAUCAAUAGAUGCUAAGCUACAUUUUAUCUUUGUGUUAUAGGUGACUAAGCAAAUUAGGGUUCGAACUAACAGGGGCGUAAUGGUACAGCAGCUUCUCGCUCCGACUCUGUUUUGAGGUCACGGCUCGGUUAAUUCUUGGAACACUACGGGUACAAAAUAGAAACCUUUAAACGACUUAACCAAUAGAUAAAAAUAUUGAAUAAAAAGAGACGUACUAUAUCAUAAUUUCCAAGGUUUCUUUUUAGGAAAGUGAAACAACGUAGGUACUGUAAGUACAACAAUAAGAUUUGAAACAAUGUGAAUGAUUAUUUUAUUUUUAGCAAAUGGAAGUUCCUUAUUGGCUGAAGUGCAGCAUGAAUACUUUCUACUUUUGUCGUAUCUAUUUGUCUUUGUCUUUUUGUGUCAGGGCUGUACAAACUUUUUCCACCGAGAGGGCUUACUUUUAAUAUUUAUAUAUUUUUUAAAAUUCCAAUAAAAAUACUUAUACGUGUAUUUAAAGGAAAAUCUUUUUUAUUAUUAGUUAAUUGUCUCAACAUCAUGCCUUUUCGCUCUAUUUUUCUAUUUUUUGCUGGGGUUUUUUUGUUUAUACAUUUGGCUUGAUUUGCACCUGGAAAGCGAAGUAUUACCAAACAACGGAAGUGUCUCCAAGCUCUGUCGCUAGUCAUGACUCCAGCUAGCUUGUGGACGUUUUCGGCGCGGUUCCACACCUCCCCUUUCACUGCAGUGGUAAUGCACCCUCCCCGGGCUUGUGGAGGUGCCCUGCAUGACAGAAUCUCCGCUUCCGCUGCGACUACUUCUUCACCUCUCAUGACCGCUAGUAUUUGAUUCACGAGUAAAAGAAUGACGCGAGAAACACUUCCCGUUCUUCACUUUUAAUGCAUAUUGCGUGAGAAUUCCAGAAUACGAACAAGAGUACUGUAACACCCCUAAUAUCUAAUAAUGUAUCUCAUUAUAAUGAAGUCAUUUUAUUUGGACAGUAUGCCGAGGGUCGGUUAAAAAUGAGCUGUGGGCUGAAAAUGUCGCACUUUGGACGCCCCUGCUUAAAAUUCUGAACAUCCCAGUCACACUGGGGAGACCUCGUGCAGGACCACGAGACUCCCUGUAGGGUUUACUGUAGUUCCGCAGCUUCCUGCAGGCAAUCUUUUUUUCCCGUCCUUCGCUGUUUGGACUCAUUUCAUUCCAAUGCUUUCUUUCUUUUUUGUGUUGCUGCAGCCGUUGAAGGCUGUUUUCAUCCGUCUACAUACUUGUAAUAACUUCCUUACUGAAGUUGAUGAGUAGUUUCUACACACCCUUACAACACACGCUUGCUCACUGUUGCUUCAUCUUUCAUCAGAUGUUGCAUAGAUCUUUAAAAAAGUAAGAGUGGUUACACUUGGACUGGCUGGAAUCUAAUUCUGUUUCCAUGUCCUCCUUUUUUGCUUGUUUUUACCGGAAAUUUCCUUCUGGAAUAGUUCACAUUCUUCCAAUGCAUUAAAUAUUUAUCCAAGCGGUUGGAAUGCUUUCGCACAGAACACGGUGUCCUCCACCCUCAUGAGGCUGCAAUAACAGCACAUAGAAAGAAUGCCAUGAUCACGAUCAUGGCAUUCUUUCUUUCCUGACUGCACUGUGUUCUUUGUGUGUGUUUGCAAACAACUUCAAUGCCACUGUGAGCACGCUGCUUCCAGUAAGACAAUUCGUGUUGUGUGUUGUCACAAUAAGACAACGUGGGAGCGCCGCGGUGAGCUUUUCUCACCACGCAGGUGCAUUGAACCUGUACUCGGCACACAAACACCUGAAGCUGAGAAAGGCUAACAUGCAUCAGGUGACAACAUGCACUCAAACAUGCACACUUGUGUCUCUAAGAAAAUGCACACUCAAAGGUCACCUGCAAAAUAAAAUUGAAUGAGAUCCAAAAUGAAAAAUCAAUGAAAUAGUUGACAGAGUGCAUUGUUUGAGUUCCUGACUUAGCCCGUUCCGCAACUUGAUUCCACACACAGAAAUGCUGAAGGUUUUUAGUGUAGUCCGUGCAUAUAAGUGGUUUAGGUUUAAUUUGUCCCUAAGAUCAUAUUUCUCCUCUUUUGUUGAGGAGAAUUUAUAUAUAUAUAUAUAUAUAGUAUUUUAUUAUUUUUUAUAUAUUCUAUUUUUAGUACUUUUUACUUUUUUUAUUCAAACAUAUAAAGUACAUAUUCUCUAAAAUGUAUGCAUUUAUUAUUAUUGUUAUAUAUAUUUUAUUGAAUUGUUGUAUUUAUUGUAUAUUUGUAUUGUAUUAUUAUAUUUUAUUUUUUAUUAUAUUCUCUUUUUGUGACAUUUUUGUAUUCAAACAUAUUAAUAUUGAAUGUGGAAGGAUGUCAUCAUGUCUGCACUUCCCCCCCCCCCUCACCUUAACGUUGAGGUCACCACAGCGCCCGCACACACACACCUACACACACACACACACACACACACUGAAAGUUACAUCAGCUCCCAGUCUGUUGCACACGUUCUCAGGAAUUCAAACAGGUAUGACAUGACAGUUUGGUUAAAAUGGAGAAGUGUAAGUCCACUUUUGUCAAACCUUCGUGGCGCUAAGAGUCCAAAAAGAGCACGGUGGCACAACUUCUUUGACUUCCUCUGUGUGCACAUGAAAAUAAGAUGAACGUUCCGGGUUGUGACUCAGGGCUGCUUUUAAUAGCAUCUGCAUAUGGAGAGGAAGUUAGAUUAACACACAUCUCGCCUUCUGAUGCUAGUUUAGCUCUUUGUUCAAUGACUACAAGUAUAAGUACUGUUGCAUUACAUUUUACUGACACUCAUCAGUACACUGGAGGAUAACUGCUUUAGCCAAAUGGUGUUCUUCAUGGUUUACUAUUUGAACACCAUCUUCAUGAAGCCAACCUCACCACUUGGAGCAAUGAUCCCGCUCGCCUCCUGGAAACACUCGCAAUAAAGCACGCCCAAAGCACGUUUGAAGUGAUUGACAAGAACGGUGGAGCUACUCAUCACUGAGUCCUACUGAGAAGAUUUUUUGUUCUGGUUUGGAGAAUUAUUUUCUAUUUUUGGAGCGAUGGUGUGAAACUUUUGAUCAGCUGAUAAACAGUGUGAUUGUUAUUUUCAAGAAAUGGCUUUUUCAAAGUGCUUUUUGUCUCGCUCCCCCUUCUUGCUUUUGCAUAUUGUAGCUCUACUUGAAACCUCAUUAAGAUCCAAAUGUGCAAAAUGCAAAUUCUAGCAAUUUUUCAACUGGUAUUAAGAUUUUGAUGAGGUCUGUAUACAUUUUUGCAUAUAUCAUUAUAGUUUGUAUAUAUCAUUUAACUAUUUAUUGUUAUUCUUUCUUUGAUACAUUUAUUAAACAUCUUACAUCCUGAACAUCUAAAAUACACAGAACAUGGAGGAAAAGCUCAUGGUGCACCUCAGGGUUGAUUACUUGAGCCCCCAUUCCCACCCAUGACUUAUGCAUACUGUAUUAUGUAUUGGAUCCACACAGUGGUGUGAAAGUGUUUGCCCCUUUCCUGAUUUUUUUUUUUUUUGUCACGAUUAAAUGUUUCAGAUCAUCAAACAAAUUUAAAUAUUAGUCAAUGGCAACACAACUGAGCACAAAAUGCACUUUUUAAUUGAAAGUUUUUGUUAUUAAGGGAGAAAGAAUCCACACCUAAAAGGCCCUGUGUGGAAAAGUGAUUGCCCCACUGUUAAAACAUAACUGCGAUUAAUUGAGAUCUUUCAGUCUGAGGAAGGUUAAAAAGUCAUUUCUCAAGCUUUGAGACUCCAGUGAACCACAGUGAGAGCCAUUAUCCACAAAUGGCAAAAACAUGGAACAGUGGUGAACCUUCCCAGGAGUGGCCGGCCAACCAAAAUUGCCCCAAAAGUGCAGCAAUGUCUCAUCCAAGAGGUCACAAAAGACCCCACAACAACAUCCAAAGACCUGCAGGCCUCACAUACCUCAGUUAAGGUCAGUGUUCAUGACUCCACCAUAAGAAAGACACUGGGCAAAAACUGCCUGCAUGGCAGAGUUCCGAGACCAAAACCACUGCUGAACAAAAAGAACAUUAAGCCUUGUCUCAAUUUUGCCAGAAAACAUCUCGAUGAUCCCCAAGACCUUUGGGAAAAUACUCUGUGGUCUGACGAGACAAAAGUUUAACAUUUGGAAGGUGUGUGUCCCAUCACAUCUGGUGUAAAAGUAAUGCCGCAUUUGAGAAAAAGAACAUCAUACCAACAGUAAAAUAUGGUGGUGGUAGUGUGAUAGGCUGGGCCUGUUUUGCUGCUUUAGGACCUGGAAGACUUCCUGUGAUAAAUGGAACCAUGAAUUCUGCUAUCUCCCAAAAAAUCCUGAAGGAUUUUUGAAGGAUCCUGAAGGCCAUCUGCUUGUGACCUUGAGCUCAAACCAACUUGAGUUCUGCAGCAGGACGAUGAUCCAAAACACACCAGCAAGUUCACCUCUGAAUGGCUGAAGAAAAACUAAAUCUCUCCCUUAAUAAUAAAAAGUUUCAUUUAAAAACUGAAUUCUGUGUUCACUUGUGUUGUCGUUGACUAAUAUCUAAAUUUGUUUGAUGAUCUGAAACAUUUAAGUGUGACAAACAGGCAAAAAAAAAAAAAAAAAAAAUCAGGAAGGGGGCAAACACUUUUUCACACCCCUGUAUGUAGUUUAAAAAUGCUAUUAGUCUUCUUACAACCUCGAGACCAACCAAAAAUACCCACAAUAUUGAAGAAAACUGUUUCACUGACACUGAUGGUGUACCUCAGGGUUUACAACUUGAGCUCCACUAUUUACCCCCCUAAAUUUUGCUUGUAUUUAUAAUUAUAGUUGUCAGUAUUUAUUGUUGUGUUGGAUGCAGAUUUUUGAAAUGGGUGUGGCCUUUUUCUGAGGGCAGGGCCUCUUUGGGAAGCAUUUCUGAAUACUGAACUUGCUCGAACUAGAACUCAGCGUUGAGGAACUGAAGCACCAGCGGGCUUGACGAUGUAACGCAAUGUAUCCUGGGACAUCUAGCAAAACACCGUGUUGACGACAUGGUGUUUCACAUGCGUACAAACAAUAUUCAUUUGUUGGAUGAAUAAAUGUACGUACAUUGAAGAAAUUGGCUGUAAAAGUGACUAAUCCUAAUUUACUAUCACACUGUAUGUUGGAUUUCACAUCUACAGUCAUGUGACUAACAUCCAGCUUUCUGUCUUUCCACUAUGUAUUUCAUAUUUAAUACACAUCAGUGAUUCAAUUGCUAAAUGUGUGCACAAAUCAACUUUUUUUUCAAAGUAGACAUGAAAUCUGCCUAGCAACAAGUGGCCUGGUGGAGUAACAGUUCUGUUGAUGUCUGCUGCUGCUCCCCUCGGGAAGAAAAAUUCAAUUUCAGUUCAUUUUUAAAGGAAUACUUUUUGUCUGUGUAAUUUAAAACUUCAAGGAAUUACAAUUAAGACACGUCCCAUCAAUAAAUAACACCACGGGUUGUUACA